AUGUAUGUAUCUAUCUAUCUAUCUAUCUAUCUAUCUAUCUAUCUAUCUAUUUCAGUCUAUUUAUCUACCUACCUGUCUAUCUGUCAGACUUCUAUCUAUUUAUCUGUCUAUCGAUUUCAGUUUAUUCGUCUAUCCGUCUAUCUAUCUAUCUAUCUAUCUAUCUAUCUAUCUAUCUAUCUAUCUAUCUGUUCAUAUAUAUGUAUUCGCGUCUAUCCAUCUGUCUACACGCACACACAUACAUACAUGAACAAACAAACACACACUUUAUCUAUCUAUCUAUCUAUCUAUCUAUCUAUCUAUCUAUCUAUCUAUCUCAGUCUGUUUCUAUCUAUCUCAGUCUGUUUAUAUCUAUCUAUCUAUCUAUCUAUCUAUCUAUCUAUCUAUCGAUCUAUCUAUUUCAGUCUCUUUAUCUACCUACCUGUCUACCGGUCAGGCAUCCAUCUGUUCAUCUAUCUAUCGAUUUUAGUUUAUUCGUCUAUCUAUCUAUCUAUCUAUCUAUCUAGCUAG